UCCCCUUGGUUUUAUUUCGCCAGUGACUAUUCAGGGUAAAAUUGUACUCCGGAAGCUCAUGACUGAAUCAGUGAAUUGGGAUGAGCCGCUAUCAGAAGAGUAUCGACAAGAAUGGGAAACAUGGCGAACUUCUUUGACACACCUUGAAAAUGUGAAGAUCGGUAGAAUGUAUACGCCAAUUUCAAUUCGAGAUGCUUCAAAAGUUGAAUUGCAUACAUUUUCAGAUGCAUCUGAGAAAGCGAUUGCAGCAGUGUCAUAUUUAAAAGUUUUUCACCAUGACGGAUCUUCCCAUCUAGGUUUUGUGUUAGGAAAAACGAAGUUAGCGCCGAUGAGUGGAAAUACUAUACCUAGAUUGGAGUUAUGCGCCGCUGUUAUGGCAGUUGAAAUAGCAGAAUUCGUAACUGACAAUUUAGACCGAAAGAUUGACACCGUUAAGUUCUACAGUGACAGUAGAGUUGUAUUAGGUUACGUAACAAACCAAACGAGAAGAUUUUAUACGUAUGUGGCUAAUCGAGUACAGCGUAUCCGAAAGAGCUCCUCUCCGGAGCAAUGGAAUUUUGUACCGACACAACUAAAUCCAGCUGAUCAAGGUACAAGGAGUAUUGCGGCAGAUAAAGUAAACAGUAGUCUGUGGAUUCUCGGUCCCGAAGAAUUCAUCUCUAAAUGUGAACAUCAAGCAGCAUGUUCAGAAACUUUAUAUCCGUUGAUUGAGCCUACUGAUGACAAGGAAUUGCGUCCAUUGCAGCGGGUUAAUGUUUUAAAAACAUCUGUUGAUUUUCAAACGGCUCUUGGAUCGGAGCGCUUUGAGAGAUUUUCAGAGUGGAUAAGAUUAGUAGAAUCUAUAUCAUUCUUAAAAAAAGUUGCCAAGUAUCGUACGGCAGCAGUGACUGGGGACACAAGGUCUAAGUAUGUUGAAACUUAUAAAGAAGCUGAAUUAUUUAUUAUUAAAGUGGUUCAAAAUGAAUUUUACCAAACAGAAAUUGAUAACAUUAGACAAAAUUUGCGUCUUCCCAAGAAUAGUACUCUUGUGUCAUUAAAUCCAUUUCUUGAUUCACGUGGUGUUCUGUGUGUUGGCAGAAGAUUGAACAAGGCAAAUAUUGAACUGCAUGAGAAAAACCCUAUCAUUAUCCCGGGUAAGCAUUACAUUGCCAAGUUACUCAUACGGCAUUUUCAUGAAACUGUUUGUCACCAGGGACGCCAUUUUACCGAAGGAGCCAUCAGAAAGGCAGGUUUUUGGAUAACCGGAGUGAAGCGUUUAAUACAGUCAUUCAUUCAUUCUUGCGUUAAAUGUAGAAAAUUGAGAGGUGUAGUUGAAUUUCAGAAGAUGUCUGAUCUACCAUCCGAUCGACUUGAACCUGGUCCACCUUUUUCUAAUGUUGGUAUCGAUGCCUUUGGUCCUUGGAAUGUAGUGACUCGAAAAACCCGUGGAGGCAGCGCACAGUCUAAGCGGUGGGCAAUAUUAUUUACUUGUCUCACAACUCGUGCAGUACAGAUCGAAUUGGUAGAAGAGAUGUCGUCCUCGGCAUUCAUAAAUGCUCUUAGAAGAUUUGUGGCGAUUCGUGGGAAAGUGAAAGUGUUUAGAUCAGAUCGCGGAACAAACUUUGUUGGUUCAACAGAAAAUUUGAAAAUUGAUACAGUCAACGUAGAAAAUGGUCCAGUAAGAGACUUCAUAUAUAAAUCAGGCACAGUGUGGAUUUUUAACCCUCCUCACUCCUCUCACAUGGGAGGAGUGUGGGAGAGGAUGAUAGGAAUUUCUCGCCGGAUAUUAGACUCUAUGCUGUCAUCAGUGAAUGGAAAAAAUCUUACGCAUGAUGUUCUUGUGACCUUUAUGGCAGAAGUUUCUGCGAUUAUAAAUAACAGACCUCUUGUUCCGAUAUCUUCAAACCCCGACUCACCGAUUAUUCUGUCUCCAUCAACACUUCUUACACAGAAAACAUGUGAUACUGACACAAUUUAUACGCUAGAUGACUUUAAUUUGAAAGAUCUAUAUAAAGCGGAAUGGAGAAGAGUUCAAAUGUUAUCUAAUAUGUUUUGGGUUAGAUGGCGAGAAGAAUAUAUUCAAACACUUCAGACUAGGCGGAAAUGGCAGGAAAAUAGACCUAAUAUUCGAAAAGGUGAUGUCGUUCUGUUAAGAGACAACGCUGUGUGUAGAAAUCAGUGGCCACAUGGAUUAGUGGAAGAAUCUUUAAUCAGUUCUGAUGGUAUUGUCCGCAAAGUCCGUGUGCGCAUAAUCAGAGAAGGAAAACCGGUUGUAUAUACCCGUCCAGUCACAGAACUUGUACUAUUAGUCUCAGAGUAAAACACUUGUUAUUGACUUAUGUUAAUUGAUUGAUAGUCAUGACAAAAAUGAACAAUUGGGUAUUUUUGAUGACCUUUGAUAUUGUAAUGUAUAUAUGUUAUUUUUUGAAAAUCAUAAGUUCAGUUAUAUAAUGAUAUUUGGUAUCGGUAGUCCAAGAUGAAGUUUUUGAAUAAAUGUACAAGGUAUAUUUUUUAUUCAACAGAUGAUUAGAAAAUGUUGUGUUUGUUGUUUUUACAAAGAGUGAUAUCUGUGUAUAUCAGACGGGGAGUGUUCUGUCUCCGGAAUUCCGGAAUUAAUGUUCCAUAUUUGACUCUAUUUUUUGUAACAUCACAUCACUUCCUGCUUUGUUUUGAAAACAUUGUGACAAUAAUUUCAUGUUCUUUCCUCACUGUCUCGUAACGUGUUUUUACCUUAUACUAGAAUGAUGCACUACGCACCCAUUUGAUGUCUUUUCGGUGCCUUAUAUGAAUAAAGUUGUGCAAUUAAAA